AUGAGAAUAACACGAUUUUUCGAUGACAACCCGGUUGUGUUACCGUCGAAGGCGAGCACGUUUAGCGAUGCGGAAUGGGAAGACACUACUGACUUUCUGAACGCAUGGGACUUUGGUCCAUGGGAGGCAGAACAUUGGACAAAUUGUACACCACAAAAAGUGAAAAAGGCUGCUGAAGGUAUUCUUAUCGAGGGUGAAAAAUUAAAUGACGAUAUUUGCAAAAAGCAAGCAAAAGAAAUUGCUGAUGAGUUAGUGCUCGUUGCUAACAGUGAUCUUAAGACAAUUCAAAAGUCCUGCUUGCAUUUAUAUACGAAAGAAACGUUUCUGUAUAAAUUGAUCAAUGAAGUGCUGAGAAAUCGUGAUAUGAGCAAAGUCGAUACUCUCGGGCCGUUUUGUUCUAUUCUGAAUAAUGGUGUUCGUUCAUUAUCUGGUUAUGCAUACCAAGGUGUUGUGUAUCGCGGUGUUCUACUCACUUCCGAACAAGUAAACCGUUAUGAAAACGCGCGUAGCGACUUUCUGCAAUGGGAUAGUUUUGUUUCAACGACGAAAAAUCGAAAUUUAGCCAUGUUUUAUGGGAACACAUUAUUUACGAUUGAGAUUGACAUGUAUGCUAGAGGUUUAGAUAUUUCGUCAUUUUCGAACUUUCCCGAAGAAGACGAAGUUCUUAUUCGUCCCGGACGACCUUUUUCAAUCAAUGACAUGGAAUUCAACACCGCGGACAAUAAAUAUCAUAUCGAUAUAUCAAUAUCUCUUUGA